UAGAAGAAGGGGAAAAACUCAUAUGAACCAUAAGUCAAAUAUUUAUAUGCGCGCGUGUGUGAAAUUCGUCUUUGAAUGAACCAGAUUGUGAGAUAAUUAUGCAGAAAACUCAUAUGAACACGAAGUUUUUUAUUUGUAGAUUUACUUUUUUAUCCAGAGUAGUUUGCCUCUGAUCCAUCAAACUGAAAUUUAACAUGAUAAACAACUAACUGAGAAUUUGAGAGUAUGUGUAAAGAUUUUUUUUUUCUACAAAUUCAGAAUGGUUUUGUGAAAACGCUUAAGUAUAUGCUUGAUUCAUCAGUUAACAUAUCUGUAAAUGCUCGUGAACUGAUGUUUACCAGGUGCAUUAGGCUGUAAUUUCCAUUGUUUGGACACUAAAAAGGUUUGAUGAAUAUAGACGGAUUAUUGGAUAAUUUUUUGUUAACUAUCUGCAAAUAAAGGGGACAACAAAGCCAAGAUGCUCAAAACUAUGCUCGCUUGCUGCAAGCUCUACAUCUCUGAAAGCCGAAAUGUUCAUGCCCUGGAAUUGAUUGAGCAUGCUGCAAAAGCACAUCCAGAAGUCGUUAUCAUCAACAAAUUCAAGGAUGAAGUUUAUAAUCGAGUUGGCUACACAAUUGUUUCACCCCUCUCCAUUAACUCAGAUGCAAGUCCAUUAAGGACUGCGGUGUUUGACAUGGUUAAAGCAGCCUUCGAAGCUAUCGAUCUCGAAUUGCAUUAUGGAAGUCAUCCUCGUCUUGGAGUUGUAGACCACAUCUGCUUCCAUCCCUUGGCCCAAGCUACGCUUCCCCAAGUGGCUGAAAUUGCAAAAUCAGUGGCAUGUGACAUUGGCAAGAAACUCCAAGCCCCAACCUAUCUAUAUGGAGCAUGCCAUGAAGGAGGAAGAACUCUUGAUUCGAUAAGAAGAAAGCUUGGCUACUUCAAACCCAACUCGGCUGGAAAUCAAUGGACAGGCUCGCUGAAAAUGGAGAUUUUGGAGCCGAGGCCUGAUGUUGGUCCCCUUCAGCCUCCACCAUCCAAAGGCAUUGUGGUCGUAGGAGCUACACAUUGGGUCGACAACUACAAUAUCCCAGUCUGGUGCACUGAUAUCGACUCUGUUCGGAGAAUUGCGAGCAAGGUAAGGGAGCGAGGAGGGGGGCUAAAAUCGGUGCAAGCUAUCGCCCUAUCUCAUGCUGCAGGCUGCAUUGAAGUCGCAUGCAAUCUGCUUGAUACGAGCAUCACAGGGGCUGAUCAGGUACAAAGUGAAGUCCAGAGACUUGCUGCGGAGGAAGGAUUCAAAGUGGGGGAAGGAUAUUCUACUGAUUUCUCAAGAGAAAAGAUUACUGAAAUGUAUCUUAGAUCUAUUUCAUUUUCAUGUGGAAGAGGUUGAUAUUUUACUGAUUUAAUUUCUUACAAA